AUGGCAUCCGCGCAACCCCCGCCCAGCGUGCAGCCACCGGCAGCCAAGGAGCUCAUCGACCAGAAAGGCUACACGCUGCUGGAUGUCAGGACACCUGAGGAGCGCGCUCAGGGCAGCGUUCCUGGCUCCAUAAACAUCCCCAUCAAGCUGGACGAUGGCAAGGGCGGCAUGGUGCCGAAUCCCGACUUUGAGGAGCAGGUCAAGGCGCAGCUCAGCAAGGACACGUCGCUGGUCUGCACCUGCGCGCACGGCCGCCGUGGCGGGGAUGCGACAGCCCGGCUGGCGGCGCAGGGGUUCACCACCAUUAACCUCGAGGGCGGCUUAGCCAACUGGGCUGACCAGAAGCAGCCGGUCGACGGCACCAUCCAGCGGCACCACUGA